AUGCCCUCGGCUGACGACGAGACGCACGGGCAACAGGCGACGGCGCCGACGGCCACAAAGCCUCCUCGCCGCCCAAUCUCCACCUCGUCUCCCACGCCGUCGCACCCGCACUCGCCGCACCUCGUCGUCGAGCGCUCGACGGCGCGCGAGUCGCCGAUCCACCACCGCGACGACGGCAGCACGUGGCGCCUCGUCGAGCGCGUUACCGAGGUCUUUGUCGUCGAUGUGGGCCCUCGCACCUCGCCGUCGCCGUCGUCCCACCGCUCGCCGCCCGUGCCGGCCCGAGCGCCCGUGCCCGUGCCCUCCUCCCACCCUCCAUCCCAACUCGACGACCUCGAAGGCCCGCGACGUGCGCCGCACCGCCCCCUGACCACCCCGUCCACCACCACUCGCACCCGUUCGCCGUCGCCGUCGCCAGCUCCCCUCUCGCCCCGCCUUGCCGCCCUCGCGCACACGCUCCGCACGCUCGACGGCGCCGAGCUCUCGCGGCGGCGGGGCCGCGCGUCACUGCCCCGCUCGCCGGCCACCUCGCCCGCCGUCGAGCGCCGUACGACGUCGACGAGCGACGUUGUCGCGCACGGGCUCGAGCUCGAGGGCCUCGCGACGCUGUUCCCUCGAGGGGUACCGUGCGCGCUCGAGCUCGACGAGGACGACGAGGACGAGUCGAGGCGCGAGGCGCUCGAGUCGGCGUGGUCGUCGACGUCGGACGAGGAGGAAGAGGAGGACGGGAGCGAGUUUGGCGAGGGCGGCGGGCGCGAGUACGAGGAGGACGAGUCGCGCACGUCGAGCGGGUCGUGGUCCUCGUUCUUGACCGACGACGACGCGUCGAGGAGGGGCUCACGCGACUCGUGGAAGUCGGCGGCGACGACGGUGUCGGCGCACAGCUGCGAGGGCGGGUCGGCGGCGGCGUGCGGGCCGAGGCGCGAGGUCGAUCGCGAGGCGGACUGGGCGAGCCGGCGGUGGGGGGCGUGGGCCGCGUCGUAG